AAGGAGUGAAAAUGAGAUGGCAGUAGAUGAGGCGGUGGAGUAAGGAGGGAGCAAGCGGAAUUUGCUGAGAGAGACAAUCCAACCAAAGCCGUCUCAGCCUCUUCUUCUUCUUCUUCAUGAAAUCCAAGUAAGUAAACUUCAAAGUCACAUUUUCUUCAACUUCUCUGAUUCCCCACUUACUCCAAUUCUCUUCUCUCCAUUUUUUUCAAUAUAUCACUUUCUCUCCCCCACACACCCCGCCAAUUUUUUGUCUCGAUCGAUUUCAAGAUCUGAUUUUGAUUCAAACUAUGAGUAUUGGGUUUUCUGGGAAACAAAACCCAUGAAAGAAUCGAAUCCGACCACCGAGCCCAUUGGGCACAACCUCGUUAACCUCAUAAGCAACCGCUGCUUCGCAGUGUUCGUGUUGUCGGUCCUCAUAUUUACUGUGAUUGCCAUCACCUACCAGCCUCCAGAUCCAUGGCUCGAUUCAGCAUCUCCGGCCAUGACCAAGAUCUUCACGCAACGCGAGAACGCCACCUUCAAAAAUGACAACUCAAUCCUCAAAACCGGCGAGGAUUUUCUUCUCCCCGUUGACAACGCCACCUUAUCGGCAGCGGCCGCACCGGCCAUUGCGCCGGCUUCUUCGUCUAAUCCCGUCUCCGACGACGAUGUGGUGAUCGAGAAAUCCGACGCUGUAAUUAUCAGUACCAAUUCGACAAGCCCGAAAUUGAGUUGCGACUUGUUGGAAAGAGUGAACUGUUCGGACCCUCUAGCUCUGGUGGCAAUCAAGAAGUUCAAUUCGAAGGUGUUCAAGUCCAUUGCGUUCCUGGAGUACCAGACUCCGGUAAACGGAUCCAAACCCAACGAGUGUGAUGUGUCCUGGAGGUUUCGAAACAAAAAGGAGAAUUCUUGGAGAAAAUACAGGGAUUUUAGGAGGUUCAAGUUUGGAUUCGACGAUAAUUGCGGGUACAAAGUGGUCCACGCAAGCGGGUGGCAUUCGGGUAUCAAUGCCCGUCGCUCAAGAACCAGGGUUGGUAAUGCCACAAAGGGCGUGAAAGUUUCGCCGCCGAUUCGGGACGAGGAGAUAAAUGACACCAUCCCAAGCUUGGGAUCGGAGAUGAACUUCAGGAAAGGAAGGUACUUGUACUAUUCUCGUGGUGGUGAUUAUUGUAAAGGAAUGAAUCAUUAUAUGUGGAGUUUCUUGUGUGGUUUGGGUGAGGCCAUGUAUUUGAAUAGGACUUUUGUUAUGGAUUUUAGUGUGUGUCUCUCUGCAACUUAUAAUCCUAGCAAUAAAGAUGAGGAGGGGAAAGAUUUCCGAUACUAUUUCGAUUUUGAGCAUCUUAAGGAGGUUGCCUCCAUUGUUGAGGAGGGUGAAUUCUUAAGAGAUUGGAAGAAAUGGGAUCGCGGGCAUAAGAGGAAACUUCCGGUUAGGAAGGUUGUGAGCUAUAAGACCACCCCCAUGCAGCUUAAGAAGGAUAGGAAUGCCAUCAUUUGGAGGCAGUUUGAUGCCCCUGAGCCUGAGAAUUACUGGUACAGGGUCUGUGAAGGACAAGCUGCCAAGUACAUUCAAAGACCUUGGCAUGCUCUGUGGAAAUCCAAGAGGUUGAUGAAUAUUGUUACUGAGAUCAGUGGCAGAAUGGACUGGGAUUUCGAUGCUGCUCAUGUGGUUCGAGGAGAGAAGGCCCAGAAUAAGGAGCUGUGGCCGCAUUUAGAUUAUGAUACUUCCCCUGAAAUGCUUCUUGAGAAGCUUAAAGGGAUGGUUCAGCCAUGGAGGAAUUUGUAUAUAGCCACCAAUGAACCUUUCUAUAAUUACUUUGAUAAACUAAGGUCUCAGUACAAGGUUCAUUUGCUUGAUGAUUACAAGGAACUGUGGGGAAGUACAAGUGAGUGGUACAAUGAGACUAAGCUCUUGAACGAUGGUCGACCUGUUGAGUUUGAUGGAUACAUGAGAGUGGCGGUGGAUACAGAGGUCCUUUACAGGGCAAAGAAACGAGUGGAAACGUUUUAUGAUUUGACAAAAGAUUGCAAGGAUGGAAUCAAUACUUGCUGAUCAGGUUGCCAAUGAUACCAUUUGUUGCUUUUUAUUAUAUUUUGAUUCAGUUUCUGAAAUGAUACUAUUGGGUUCACUUCAGGCUUCGAUUGUAUUUUCUUGUCUUGUUGGUUUAGUACGAUUGGCAAUACCUGUUGAUCACAAGAAGCUUGUAUUUGUACUAUAAAUUACAACUUGUUUUGGCCUGUGGCACCGUUUUUCCUCCUCCGAGUUGUUGCCUAUGUUGUGCAAUUUAAUGAAGUAUUCUCAUUUUCCUUCUCC